UUGUUUGUUAUUCACUAACCUAAUAAAUUAUUUUAAUGUAUAAUUUCUUUAUUUAAGUACUUUUAUUAUUUUUAAAGUAAAGAUGAGCAAUAUAAGUGCAAAAAAUCCAUUGACUUUGACAAGAACUCGCCUGAAUGAGCUUAUUUCUUGGCGAUUACUCAAGAAAAACCCAUCAGGAGCAUUAAUAUGGGGAAUAUUUGGUGCAUCAUUAAUGAUAAAUAGUUAUUUUUGGGUUCAUUUUUUAAGGCUUAAAGAAUAUCAAGUUGACCACAAAAAACGAAUGUGGAAUGAACGUUUUGAAAUGUUAGAAAAACCAAUAAAAAUGAAAUUAUAUUAUUCAUCAAAUGAAAUGGAACCAAAACCAUGUCAACCACUAAUUGAUGUUUACAAAAAAAUGCAAGAGGCAGAAUCUAGCAAAUGUAAAAUAGUUAAAGAAUGUACAUGUGCAGUUGAUACUAAAAAUGAAUAAAUAUAUCUUAUU